AUGGCCUCUACCGUUCUCGGCAAGAGGACUCGCAGCUCUGCACGUAUAGAAGCUUCAGAGUCAAAAUUAAACAUCGCAACGCGCGCAAAGCGGAGGACUCAGUUCGUUAUACACGACGAAGGGGAGAUUGAGAAUCCCUUCGUCACUCCAAAGAAGCAAAAUGUGCGCGACGAGGAUGCAAUGGACGUGGAUGAGCCAGAGGAGAAGGCGUCGAUAAAACGCGGAAGGAAGACAGGCACAACUCCCGCAAAGUAUGCCUCGCAAUGCACACGACUCCCCGUUUCCGCAGCCAAGGAGAACUCCCCGCAGAAGGCGCUCGUGGACAUCCCAGAAAACUUUGCGCCUACUCCUUCGACACCGAGACAUCGCGACGCGCUUGCCGGCAAAGUUGCCGUCACACCCAGGCACCGACUCAUCAUUGCCGGUCGACCUUUGACACCGCGCACACCACACACCCCAGGCACUCCACGAAACACAGGACCGACAAUCUACAACGAAGCGCGUCAGGUAUUUGCAAGAGGCUCUGCCCCAACCGCACUGUUUGGUCGCGAAAACGAGAGGAAGGAACUCGACACGUUCAUCACAACACGAACUAAGACCAAGACAUCGGGCUGCAUAUACGUCUCCGGCCCGCCAGGCACCGGCAAGAGCGCUUUCGUCAACGAUGUCUGUCGUACAGUCUCAUCGGAUGAAGCCGUUAGGACCGGAUACAUCAAUUGUAUGAGCGUCAAGAACGCCACAGAUCUCUACAGAACCCUUCUAGAGGAGUUCGUCGACAUCACCGAGAUCGCAGAGGGCGACGAGAUGGAUGCGCUUAGGACUGUUUUCAUGCAACGGAAGACAUCUUACGUCGUUACGCUCGAUGAAGUGGACCACCUGCUGGACUUGGACAUUGAGCUCUUCUACAACAUCUUUGAGUGGUCGUUACAGAAAGAAUCGGGCCUUGUGCUAGUUGGCAUUGCGAACGCGCUGGAUCUCACAGAUCGAUUCCUCCCGCGACUCAAGGCUCGCGGUCUCAAGCCGCAACUACUGCCGUUCCUCCCAUACAACGCCACACAAAUAUCCUCUGUUAUUACCUCAAAGCUGAAGACCCUUCUCCCAGCAGGCUCAACCCAACUACCAUUCGUCCACCCAACCGCCAUCAUAUUCCUCUCCAAGAAAGUAGCCGCCCAAUCCGGCGACCUACGCAAAGCCUUCGACAUCUGCCGGCGGGCAAUCGACCUCAUCGAAGCCGACACGCGCGACCAACACUUGAAAAAAGCCACAGAAAUCACGCCAUCACCCACGCCCUCGCCCUCGAAAACCCCUCUAGUUGAAAAAGUCAACCUCUCCUGCUCAGCCGUGCGCUCACCCACCAAAACCAAAGACCUGAACAGCAUCAUCGCCGCCUCCCUGGGCUCCCUCACUGUCGAAACCGCACCCCGCGCCACCAUUGCCCACAUGGCCAAGAUCACAGCAGCAGUAUUCAGCAACGGCACAAGUCAACGUCUGCGAAACCUGAACCUCCAACAAAAAGCCGUCCUCUGCUCGCUCUCCGCCAUUGAAAAAAGGAAGCGUGCCACUGCUGCCGACAGCAUUCUAGCCACACCGUCAAGAUCCCACACUACAUCUCCUACCAUCAAAGAACUUUUUGAAGCCUACACCGCGCUGUGUAAGCGAGAGAACAUUCUACAUCCUCUUACGAGCACUGAGUUCAGGGAUAUCGUAGGCAGUUUGGAGACACUGUCGCUUGUUUCUGCGGUGGAGGGUAAAGCUGGGUCGCUGGAUGUUGGCGCUGGCACGCCUAGUCGCAGGGGGAGGGGUAAAGCUUUUCCUGGGGUUGUUGUCGAGGAUCGCAGGGUUGCUAGCGUUGUUGGAGAGAAGGAGUUGGCGGAUUCACUCGUGGGGCCUGGAGCUGGCAUCCUCAAGGGUAUCCUUGAGGGAAACUGA